CGCCGUCCCCGCCGCCAACGCCGCCGCGGCCGGGGGCACUCGCCUCCCUCCUGCCCGCCCUCCCGCCCGGGCCGGAGCCGGGGCCGGGCGGGCGCCUGCGAGGCCUGUCCCGCCGCGGGCCCGGCCGAGGAGCGAGCGCGGGGCCGUUGCGCGGCUCUUUGUGCGCGGGGCCGAGGAGCGGCGGGACGCGGGCCAGGCCGCCCCCUUCUCGCCGCCGCCGCAGAGCUCCGGGCCCGAGGCCGAGGAGGGGGCGCCGGGGCACCGCCGGGCCCCGCUCUCGGCGGCGUCCCGGCCGGCUCCAUUUUGUGCGGAGAGCCGGCCGGGCGGCGGGGGGACGCAGCCAGGACCUCCGGCCCCGAUCCUGACCCCUGGGCCUGGCCGCCGCGCGGGGGUCCCCGGGGAGCGCCCCCCUUCCGCCCGCCGGUCCGCGGGGGCACGGCGGGGCCGGGCCGCUUUGUCUGCCCCGGCACCCCGGGCGCCGCGCGGCGGGCGGGCGUUGGGCGCGGGCCCGGGCCCGGGCCGGGCGAGUCGGGGGGAUGCGCGCCAGGGGCGUCCGCGCCGCGCGGGCGGGACUGACAGGUCGGCCGGGCGGGCGGUGGGGCUGGGGCCAGCCCGCGCACCUUCGUGGGGAGGAAGCGAGGUCCCCGGGAGGAAGGAAUGGAUUUGGUUUCCCCGCAGUCUGGUUUACGCGUAAAGAAUGCAGCCAUCUGGCGGCUUGCGGUCCCUGGACUUGCCCCGAAGGUGGGAAGGAAGCCUUGCGGAUUGGACUAAGGUUUUAAUCUUGGGUGGGAGGCGGGGAGGAUAUGCCAGGCUUUAGGAGUAGUAGUCUCCGAGAACAAAGAAUUAGGGGACCCACAAGUCGUAAUCUCGACCGAAGUACUCUAAUGAGCCGAUUUCAGCAAGGUUAGGUAGCGUAUGACCUUUAAAAAAAUAGUAUCCCACUAACCUGCAUGGACUCCACGGUUCGUGCCACGAAUCACUGGGAUGGUUUCGGCUUUCUUAUAUGGAAACUAAUCAGCAAUAUAAAGUGAUGAGGUAAACUGAUCAAUGUUGGAAUUGGGCAGAGAUUAGACACCUUUUUAGGCAGGUGUUCUUGAGUACCACUGACAACACGGUUCUCAAAGUAUUUCAUGACAAUGGAUGGUGACAGUUCCACCACAGAUGCUUCUCAACUAGGAAUUUCUGCAGACUAUAUUGGAGGAAGUCAUUAUGUUAUACAGCCUCAUGAUGAUACUGAGGACAGCAUGAAUGAUCAUGAAGACACAAACGGUUCAAAAGAAAGUUUUAGAGAACAAGAUAUAUAUCUUCCAAUUGCAAAUGUUGCAAGGAUAAUGAAAAAUGCCAUACCUCAAACGGGAAAGAUUGCAAAAGAUGCCAAAGAAUGUGUUCAAGAAUGUGUAAGUGAGUUCAUCAGCUUUAUAACAUCUGAAGCAAGUGAACGAUGCCAUCAAGAGAAACGGAAGACAAUCAAUGGAGAAGAUAUUCUCUUUGCCAUGUCUACCUUAGGCUUCGACAGUUAUGUAGAACCUCUGAAAUUAUACCUUCAGAAGUUCAGAGAGGCUAUGAAAGGAGAGAAAGGAAUUGGUGGAGCAGUCACAGCUACAGAUGGACUAAGUGAAGAGCUUACAGAGGAGGCAUUUACUAACCAGUUACCAGCUGGCUUAAUAACUGCAGAUGGUCAGCAACAAAAUGUUAUGGUUUACACAACAUCAUAUCAACAGAUUUCUGGUGUUCAACAAAUUCAGUUUUCAUGAUCCGAAGAAAUGAUGGACUGGAGAGUGUAGAGAACUGAGUCUGUAUGAUUCCAGAACAGAGACAUUAGAAGGAGCUGACUGGUGAAAAGAUGUCUCUUUGUAUAUUAAAUAGCUGUAAUGUAGCUUCCCACAAUGCUUGACUAAUUGAGGUGUUAAUUCUGACUUGAGAAUCUUUUUCAUGAAUGAUUUUAAAGAAAAAUUUGGAUUUUAAAGGUAUUAAAAUAUUUUUGUUUUGUACGAGAGUUUGUUGCUCUGUAUGACUCCUGUAUGCAUUGUAUAUUGCAGUUUAUUACUGUCAGAGAUUUGUAGACAGUUUCUUAUUUUCAUAUUGAAUCAUGUUACUUUUGUAAUAAUUCAAGUAAGCAGCUGGGUUAAUUCAUGUUUGCCCUUUUAAUAAAAAAUAAGGGUAGAGUUCAUUUUGAAUGCAAGUUGCCUUUAUUAUAAAUUUGAGUUUGUCUUGGUUAUAUAAUACUUUGCAUGAUAACCUAGCUAGAUUUUUAGCAUUUGCCAUAUUUAUUAACUUUUUUGUAGAACAUUCAUAGCUUAAGCAGCACCAUUUUUAAAAAAAAUGUAGUUGAGAAAUUAAGUGUGAAUGCAGAAGCAAAUAUUGUCUGCCCUAUUCAACUUGGUGCCCGUUAACAGUGUUUACACUGUUCAUUGUGCCUGUUAAGAUAGUUUUAGUUUAUUGGAGCUUCUGUUAAGACUAGAUUUGUCUUUGAGUUACAUUAUUAUGAGUGUUGGAAUUCAUUAAGUUUAAUGUAGUCCUAGUGCUCUUGAAAUGGUGCCCCUUUCAUUUUGUAUGAUUUUUCCAAAGGCAUAUCUUCAAAUACUAUAUAGUAUCCUCUUCGAGAAGAGGAAUUUCAUAGUCUGAUGGUAAAUGUCCUCAUUUUACCUUUUUAAUUGAAAUGUCAAGUUUCCUAUUAUGCUAUGGGAACCAAGAAAUGUCAGACAUCAUUGUGUGUAUACAGAGCUUUUUUGCAUGGGUGAGUGAAUGAAGUGAAGAACAGAGUUAGUGCUGUGAAUGGUGCGAAAGAGAAAUCUCCAGCUUCUAGCGUGCUGUCUUGAUCUUUGCAAUAAACUAAAUUUAGAUAAUGUAACUUUGUAUAAUUUACUAGUAUUGUACUUGGGUUGUUGCCUUUUUAAAGUGAGGAUUUGUUAUUUUCUCACCUAUUCUUUUUGGUGAUAAUUGAGUCUUUUUUUUUUUUUUGAUCAACAAUUGCUCUUGUAUAGUUUGCCUAAAAGGCACUUUGAGUGAAUGUCAUCUUGGAAGGACACUCACUCAGAUUUAUAAGGGAGAAGCAAUUUCCUAGAUACAGGCUGGACAGAAACAUUUACUUUGCCAGAAGGAGCUUUUGCGGGCACAACUGGGAUAAUCUGAAGUUAAUAACUCCCUCACUGCCUUCCCAUUUAAAAAAUAAUCUUCAUUACAGAAAAUUCAAAUGGGCAAAAAAGGGUGGUUAAGCAAAACCAACCAUCAUCCUACUGUGUUAAAAACAACCAAUGUUAAUAUUUUGGUAAAUAUGAUUUGUCCUUUUACUUUGCUAAAUAUGUAUAUUUUUAUAAAAAUGGGCUCAUACUUGCAUACUGUUUUGUAACAUGCUUUUUUCACUUAAUAUAUUGUGAACAUCUUUCCCAGGUCAUUACAUAGUCUUCUACUUUUAUUUCUUUAUUAUUCUGUUGUAUGGCUGAAACAUAAUUUAUUUAAUCUUCUAUUGGACAUUUUGACUAUAUACAUCUUUUCACAGUUAUAAACAACAUUUCAUUGAA